AUGGCUGUUUACCAAUCUUCUGCCGUAUUCUCGUUCUACUUUCGUGCUAGUGCUGGUGCUGCUGAUAUUUGCAAGCUGUCUCUUGCCGUCUUCGCCUGUGCCAUCUUGGACGUCGCCAGUGCUGCUUUGGUGGCCAUUACCAUCGCCUUAGCCUUCGUCUUCGACGUCACUAUCUUUGAAGCCACUGUCCCACACAUCGCUGUCCCACAACUCGUCGUCGUCGAUCAUAGACGAGUGGACUUGUAG